AUGGUCAAUGGCGACCUUGUCUUGGCCGUGCGUUUCUGGAUCCUGUGUAGCACACUGUUGAUGAUCUACAUGCCGUCGCUCUUUGUGCGUAAGAUCUACCGAGAAAAAGCGGUCGGCUCUGCGUCCCUCACUCCCAUCUUUCUCGUGCUGGCCAACUCGCACGUGUGGAUUGUAACGGGGCACCCUGAAGCUUGUACUGGUGACAAGGAAGACGGUAAGAAGAAGCGAGUACUCGGUUAG